ACUACUCAUAGUCAUAUUGCGUUGCUUUUUCUUCUUCACUUACUCACUCCCACUGACAUUACAUAACAGACUUUUGAAGUCAUAGAAAGAGAAAAACAAAACUCGGGAACUGAGCUCUAAACCCAGCUCAAGAACAACUUCAACAACAACUCACUGCAACCUCCAUCCAUCCAUCCAUCUAUUUUCACCAUUUCCAUAAAACUAGGGUUUCUCACCUUUCAACCCAUUCAGUCUCACAAAAUCAUCUCCACCAGCCGCAGCAAAAGAUUUCCAUUUUCAAGUACAGUGGGUCAGAGGACUCUAGAACUCAAUUAUUUUACCUGCUUGAUUAUUUUUGUAAAGGAAACACACAAGCAUGCAGACACCGAAAGCAAAAACUGGAUGCAAAUGGAAUGUAGUUGACAAAGUAGUUUUAUGGAUGAUAGUGAGGAGAGAGAUUGGUGAACAUUAGGCGUGUGAAUGAUCUUGCUUAUCUAUUUAAUAAUGAAGCAUGGUGGCAUGUACAUCAAACGGAGAAUGCAAUCCAACUUAAUAGUGAUGAUUGAUUGAGAUUGCCAUGUUCUUAAUUACAAGUCAAGCUAUGCUAAACACAGUAUAUGCAGAUGGUAAAGUAUACUGUUUGUCUAUCUACCGUGUCUUAUCCUCCAUCGAACUGGCUCCUCAGAAGUACCUCAAAGAAAAUCCCCAAGAACACCUCGAACCGCUCGUCAACUUAAAACUCCAAGCUCAGAUCCUGAUUCCGUUUCCACUUCUCCACUUGCUGCUAGUAAGACACCCAAAGAGAGAAGUCCUAGGGUGGUGACUGACCGGAAAUCACCACGAUGUUUAGCCACUGAGAGUAAAGGGCAUAGCAAAGUGGCUGAAUUGGGAUUACAGCUUUCUCAACUUCAGGAGGAACUCAAGAAAACAAGCGACCGAUUGAGUACAUCUGAAUCACAUAAAAGACAAGCCCAACAGGAGGCAGAAGAAGCAAAGAAACAACUUUCAGAUAUGUCUGCAAAGCUUGAACAAUCCCAACAGCAGGUGCUAGAGCUCUCUGCUUCGGAGGAAGAUCGUGUUCAAGAACUGCACAAAAUUUCUCAGGAUCGUGAUCGAGCGUGGCAGUCUGAGCUUGAGGCUGUUCAAAAGCAACAUUCGAUGGAUGCUGCUGCAUUGGCCUCUGCCAUUAACGAAGUUCAGAGGCUCAAGGUCCAGUUGGAGAUGGUGUCUGAAUCUGAGUUAACCCGAAGCAAGCUUGCUGAGUCUUCACAAACCGAGAUAGAUCAUUUAAGAACAAAACUCUCGGAGACUCUAUCCCUAGUUGAAAAACUGAAAGAGGAGCUUAGUUAUUGUAGAGAAUCCGAAACUCAAGCCCUUGAAGUUGCAAGGAAAAACCAAAAUCAAUUUGAAACAGCCAAGGCAGCUGUGGAAAAGCUCCAAUCAGAUGCAAUCAAAGCCGUUGAGGCUUACAACUCUUUGUCCUUAGAGUUGGAGCAAUCAAAAGCUCAGAUUGAAUCACUGGAGGGACAGAUCAGAGAGAAUCAGAAAGGUCUAGUAGAUUCUACGAGCAAUGGUUUGGUGGGUCCCCAGGAAAACAAUGGGAAGGAUGAAAUCAAUUUGAUAAAAACGGAGCUCACUUCUAUGAGACUAGAAGCAGAUAGAUCAAAAUCUGCAUUAGCCGCAGCUGAGACUCGGUACGAGGAGGAAUAUGUUCGAUCAGCAUUGCAAAUUAGAAUUGCUCACGAACUCGUGGAACAAAUGAAAGUAGAGUCACGUCAGAAAGAGGCAGAAUUGAAAGCAGAACUUGAGGAGGCCAGAGCAAAUUUAGACCAGUUGAAAGUAGACCUUAAAGAGAAAGAAACGCAAUUGUGUAGUGUUGUGGAGGAAAACAAGGAGCUCAACUCAGAGGUGAGCAGAAUCAUUCCAGUCGACCGGGGGUCUGAACUAGCUAUGGAGCUAAAGAAGUUAGAGGCUGAUAUGGGGGAGUUGAAGAGCAGGCUGUUGGAAAAGGAGACAGAGUUGCAUAGUACAAUGGUGGAAAAUGAAGCACUUAAGAAGAAGAUCGAGAAGAUAGAUAUGGAAAGGAAGUCUGAACUAGCAGUGGAGUUUAAGAAAUUGGAGACUGAUACGGCAGAGUUGAAGACCAGGCUCUUGGAAAAGGAGACGGAGUUGCAAAGUACAACACAAGAAAAUGAUGCACUUAAGAUGGAAAUUGAGAAGAUAAAAAUAGAAACAAAUAAGAUCAACGAAGAAGCAGUUACUAUGGCAGAAACAACCAAGGCUGCAGAGCAAGAAGCACUGAUGAAACUCAAGCAUGCAACAGAAGAGGCAGAUAACAGCAACAGAAGAGUGGCCCGAGUUGCCGAGCAGUUAGAUGCUGCACAGGCUGCUAACUCUGAAAUGGAGGCUGAGUUGAGGAGGUUAAAAGUGCAAGCAGACCAGUGGAGGAAAGCAGCUGAGGCAGCCGCUGCAAUACUCUCAACUGGAAACAAUGGGAAGAUUGUUGAUAGAAUAGUAUCUUUGGAUAACAAUUAUCCUCUGGGCUCACCGUACUCGGAAGAUCUCGACGAUGAGUCGCCAAAGAAGAAGAAUGGAAAUAUGUUGAAGAAGAUUGGAGUUUUGUGGAAGAAAAACCAGAAGUAAACUGAAUAAACUACUGAAGAAUAUUGUAUGAAUGUCUGUUAGUAGGAUGUUUUAUUGUUCUCUUCUUUUCUGGCUUUUACUUUCCCCAUUGCCAUUUGGCUUGUUUUAUGUUUGAAGACUUCUGUAAUAUGUAUUUUAUGCCGUGGCUACAAAUGGGCAAUGUAUAACUCUACUUUUCAAUGUC